AUGAGUGCAGCGGCUACGAUGCCCAUGCCGUCUAAUUACGAUGAGAUCUCUAUGCAGCAGAGCAUGCUCUUCUCUGAUAGUCCUAAGGAUCUGAAGAAUCUGAGAACACAGUUGUACUCAGCAGCGGAGUAUUUCGAACUAUCCUACACAAACGAUGAACAAAAACAUAUAGUGGUGGAGACACUGAAAGACUAUGCGAUAAAGGCUCUGGUGAAUACAGUUGACCAUUUGGGCUCUGUUACCUAUAAAGUGAAUGACUUUGUUGAUGAAAAAGUCGAUGAAGUAGCCGGAACCGAGCUUCGAGUAUCUUGCAUCGAACAGAGGCUAAAGAUGUGCCAAGAGUAUAUGGAUCAUGAAGCUGGUGAAAUCAAGAAAGGUGGCAACCUAGGAAAGCUCAAGAACUUUGAAAGUAGUAGUUUUGGUGAAGAAGAUGACUGGAACCAAUUCCGAAAUGCUGUUCGUUCUACAAUUCGGGAAACACCUCCACCGCCUGUUGUUAGUAUUUUCGGAAAAGCUUCGAAGAGAGCUCAAAUUGCGCCAAACGGAGAAUCUCUCGAUCGUGAAUACAAAAUGUCAGAUAAAGAGAAAGCUCUAGCUCUUGUGUAUGUUGAGGAUUUCAACGAGAGUAUGGAAGAUUGUAUUCGUGAGCACCCGGAAGACGACACUUAUAUUAGAUUAAUGAGAGGGUAUAUGCAUUGCGUUUCCAAUUUCUACUCCGAAGAAGACAUGAUCAAAUACAUGAAGGAAACUCAUCAAGCUGAAAAAGAAGACGUGGGACAAGUCUUGAAAGCUGUGAGGAGUUGUGAAGGAGGCAAAGUUUACCUCAGGUAUACAUCAGCACUGAGAUCCACUAACAAACCGACUGAAGACACUAUGGACAUCAAGACUGAGAAAAUCAAGAGCUCAAGUCAAGGCAAAGGCAAAAGAGGCAAAGGCAAGCCAUAUGUGGGGAGCCCUGAGGCGUCCGUUAGAUCCGAUGAAGACACUAUGGGCAAGAUUGAGCAAACAGAUGACAGAGUCAAAGGCAAGGCAGAGGUGGGGAUUGAAGUUAGUGAAACUCCCAAUCUGCCUGAGGAAUCCAUUAGAUCCGAUGUAGCUAUGGCUGAAGACACUAUGGGCAAGAUUGAGCAAGAUGUACCGACAAUCGAGAAGAUACUGAAAAGUCAUGCUGAUGCUCUAAUGGGAUGUUUAACAGAGGGAAAUGAGGAAAUGCGCUGCAAACAAGGUGAGGACAUUUUGAAAGUCUUGACCAAGGAAUUAUAUGCCAUGUUUGAUGGAGCCACGGAGUCGUACAAAACUCUGAAGAAGGAGAAUGGGUUUGCAUCUGGAGGGAACAAAGAGAACGAGAAGAAGCUACUUGCGACCCUCUCUGGUAUUGGUAAUAGUUCAAUAGAAGGAUACAGAGUUGGUAAACUGUUAGUCUCAAACAAGGAGAUUGCUAAAGGGAGCAAUGGAACUGCUGUGCUUGAGGGAUUCUAUGAAGUUCUUGUAGCGGUUAAGCGUCUAGUACGAACAGAUGAUGAUGUGGCUCAGAAGGAGAUUUUGGAGAUUUCGAAUGCCAUGGCUUCCGUCAGACAUGAAAAUAUUGUCCGUUGGUACGGGGUUGAACAGGAUGAGCGUUUCAUCUAUAUUUCACUGGAACGGUGUGAUUGUAGCUUAGGCGAUCUCAUACGCCAAUCCUCUGCACUGCUUGACAAUCCAACGGCUUCAAGUAGUACACAUUCGGCUCAGACAAAUCAAAUCCUUGAUGAUGUCAAAGAAGUUCAACUAUGGAAAGAUACUACUCUACACCCUUCUCCUGUUUUGUUGAAGUUAAUGAGGGAUGUAGUUGCUGGUCUAGCUCACUUGCAUGAUAAAGGAAUCGAACACAGAGAUCUAAACCCUCAAAAUGUGUUGAUUGUUAAAGCCUCAUCUCUAUGUGCAAAGCUAUCCAUCUCUAUGGGUAUAAGCAAGCCUGUGACUGGAGCUGGUGAUCUCUUCAGUUUGGGUACAGAUUUCUUCUUGAUCGAGUCUCUUCCUGAAGCUGUUCAUCUUCUCUCUGGUCUCCUUCACCCUGAUCCAGAUUCGAGACCUGGAGCACAAAAAGUCCUGCUCCAUCCUUUGUUCUGGAAUUCACACACCAGACUCUCUUUCCUCAAAGAUGCCAGCGAUAGGUUGGACAUUGAAAAGAGAGAAGAGUCAGAUCUCUUGGCUGCCGUUGAGGGCACAUCAGCAGCGGUUACUCUAAAGGUGAAUUGGGAUAAGAAACUGGAUUCCAUAUUUCUAAAUGACAUCGUGAGUUACAGGCCGUACAGGUAUGACAGCAUCAAAGAGUUGUUGCGGGCCAUAAGGAAUCCGAUGAACCACUAUAUAGCGCUUUCUAAAGAAGUAAAGGAACUUAUUGGGAGUUUACCUGAAGGGUGUGAUAUGUACUUCUCAAGCAAGUUCCCAAAACUGCUGAUUGAGGUCUAUCAGGUUUUACUUUCUUACUGUUACGAUGAAGACUUAUUCUCGAAGUAUUUUAAGACCCCUGCAUAG